UUUGACUUUGCCUUCCUCUUCUGCCGCGCCCUACUACCUAUCUCAGAUCCGGAGUCGGGCACUCAGCUCGGUUCGUUCAAGUAUCUUGUUUGAGGCCAUUGGCGCUCGUAGGUCAUGUCGUUGCGACUGACAGCGUUCGGGGCAGUAAGCGAGGCUACCACCGUAUUACCACUUUCUCUCCUUGCGACACCAUGGUCCUAACUCUACAACCAUGUCAAACAAUUCAAUUCAACCACCAAUCCACGCUGGAAACGGCCCGCCGGGCUACUGUCCACGAUGCCAGGAAAUGAUGUCGUUUGACGGCUUCCUGCAGCUCGUGUCGGAACAAGGCUUUGAGCAUCUACCUCGACAGGAGUGUGAAGUCAGCGCCAAAGGGGGCUGUCCGCUUUGCAGCUUCUUCUGCGACCUCGGUCCGCUUUCAGGCAGGUUCUUCUUCGAGACCGAGAACCACUCAUGGCGGGAUGGUUCGCAGCCGCUGAUGCUUUUCCUGUCACGAGGGAUCGAGGAUCCGUUUCCUAUGCUGACCGGCAAACCGGGCGACCUGCCUACCUUGGCCCCAGACUCGCCGGAAGCAAGGUCCUACUUGGUGGGCAAACCGAAAUUCGAUGAAGCCAUUGUCGUCUAUGCCCCAGUCUUUACCACGGAAUCCGAUCCUGCGUCGUGGUUCAUUAUGUCUCGUCCACCGCUGGGAUACGCAGAUGAAAGCAAGGUCUUCGCAACAGCAAGGUCAUGGAUUGAGGAUUGUCGCUGCAACCACGCCGAAACCUGCCCUCUAAAUACCAACGUUGCGCUUCCUUCGCGGCUGAUUGACGUGGGUGAUAACAUGAUUGCCCCAGAUGUUCGUCUGCGCGUUACUGAACAAGGCGACACUGGGGAAUAUACUGCGCUGAGCUACUGUUGGGGGGGUCCGCAGCCUGUCACGUUGACCCUGGGAAACCUCGACUCGAUGAGACAGAUAAUACCGCUGAAAGACCUCCCGCGAACCCUCCAAGACGCAGUUCGACUUACGCGUGGCAUCGGACAGCGUUACCUAUGGGUUGAUGCGCUUUGUAUUAUCCAAGACAGCGACGAGGACAAGCAACGCGAGAUUCAAAGGAUGGACCUGAUCUACAAAAACGCCGUGAUCACCAUGUCCGCAGCGGCCGCCUCGGCCGUUUCUCAGGGCUUUCUAAACCGACAGCCGGAACCGUUGCCGACCCUGAAGUGGCAGCUUGACGUUCCAGACGUGGGGACGCACACCAUCUUCAUCUCGACCCUCUUGGAUAUGUAUUGGCCGGAUGACCCGCUGGAUCGCCGGGGCUGGGUACUCCAGGAGAGCUACUUGUCGCCUCGCCUUCUGAUCCUUUCGAAGCAAGAGCCAAUAUGGCACUGCCUUGCUGCCAGAUUGAUGACGCCGAAAGGAAGCUACCUGGAGUAUGCCAUCUUCCGCAAACGUUUCCCUAUCAGGUGGCCAAGCGAUUUGGAAAAGCCCGGGCACCUACUCUGGGGGGAGCUCGUUCAGCACUUCACCCAAAGGCUGCUCACGAACAAAGAGGACCGGCUCAACGCCCUGGCGGGGAUUGCCGCCGACCUACAACGCUUAUGGGAGGACGACUACAUUUACGGGCUUUGGAAGCAUUGUUUCGUCGAGCUACUGGUAUGGUUAACGGUUCCGCCGGCUUCGCUCUCCUCAGGCGGGAGAUCCAGUAGGGCCCCUACAUGGAGCUGGGCUAGUCUGAACAGCCCAAUCUUCUUUCAUCAUUCGGACCAAAUUCUGGCAACAGUCAAGAUCACAAGCACAAUGAACGGCUUUCCGCACGUGUUGCUCACUUGCAGGACCAAGAAUGUAGAAGCUGUCACCGAGGAGGGCUUGAAGUGCGAGUGGGAUUUUGCCGAGUACGCUUCCAGUUCUUUUCCGGGUGCUAUACUGAUGCUUGUGGGGAAAUUCCAUCAUGAAUACGAUAAUGGCAUCGACGCCCAGGGCAUCAUUGGCAUACCAGCUGGACAGCUGACCGGUCGGUUCCACCGUAUUGGUUCCUUUGUCAUGUCUUUCCUGUCCGAGGAAAGCUGGCGUGCAUCUUGGGAAGCCAUUGAGCCGGAGCAGAUUAUUCUCGAAUAGACAAGCCACGAUGAAUAGGACCACCUUCAGUUGAAGAGCCAAUGUUGCGUGUGGAGGAACGACGAGGGUCAUUGGAGGACCGUCGUUAUGCUAAGAGAUCCCAAUAUGUCAGUCAGCUGCAUUUGUAUCGCCAGCUGCUUUUGCAACAAAGCAAGCAACCACCCAUCGAG